AUGGUAUUUGAUGAAGACUAUAGAUUCAAAGAAGAUGUAGAUUAUAAUAAAAAUAUGCAAGAAGAGUCAAAAAGUAUUAAAUUAAUAUUAAAGAAGAGAGGGCUUUGGAAGAAUGAGUUGUUUUUAGAAUGUAAAACAUGUAAGGAUAAAAAAUUAGCAAAAGAUAAUUUACAAAAAGAUUGUUGUACAAGAAAAAUAAUGGCAUUUCAAUCUGAUUUUAUUGUACAAAAGUUAGCAAUUGGGGCUGCUAAGAGAUAUGCUAGAGAUAAUUGCAAUUAUACUUGGGCUAGUUUCCAACAAACAGUUUCUUGUGCAUUAGAUUCAGUUGAUAUUAUUACAAUAAAGAAGUUUGCUCAAAAAUCGUAA